CCCCACUGUCGAUCUCCCUCUCGCUCUCUCAUCUGCGCUGCUAUACCCCCACCACCAAACCCUCACCAUCUCGCUCUCUCUCUCACCGUGCCCCUCUCGCGCUAUAAAAGCGAGGACUCCUCCCUUGUAGAGAGCGAGCGAGACGGUGUGAUUUUUUUGGACGAAACGCGACUCGCACAGCUGAGCUUGCUCCUCCGAUCCUCGCUCCGUCUCCCACGUCGUAUCAGCCAUGUCGAAACUGGAGUGUGCCAUGGAGCAGCUGAUCAAGCUGUUCCACUCGUACGCGCGCGAGGACAACGACAAAUACACCCUGAGCAAGGCCGAGCUCAAGAAGCUCAUCACCGCCGAGCUCCCCACACUGUGCCCUCAAGGAGCCCAGAAGGUCGAUUCCCUGGACAAGACCAUGAAGGACCUGGACACGAACGGCGACCAGCAGUUGGACUUCCAGGAGUUCGUCAUCAUGAUCGCGGGCCUGGCCAUCAACUGCAACGACUUCUUUGUGGGCCACCAGGACCCCCCCAAGGUCAAGGCCAAGGGCAAAGUCGUCCAGGCCAAGAAGAAGUAGACUGAGGAGGAUGAAGAGAAGGAGGAUGAGGGGGGGGGGUAGCCCCUCCCCUCCCUCCUCCCCAUCCCCCACCCCUUACCCCCACACCACCCCCCACAUCUCUGGUUGUGGAAUCGUCAUUCUCAGAGAUUCCAAUUUGACCGGAAUGUUUGGGAACGCCGUUCCAGGAGUUGUUUUGCAUUCCUAGUUUUAUCCUCUUAGCUCGAAUUCACAGCAACCUGUUCAUAGUGAUAUUGGCUUUUAAAUUGUUGGCAUAAGGCACUACCACUAGAGUACAAAGCCCAUCCAUAACAGGUUAUUGUAGCCUAUUUUCAUAGCAACCAACUUUGUAGAGAUCGUAGUAACAUUAGGUAUGAUAAUAUAAGAUUGUUGUGGAUAAGGUGUUUCAGUUACAUUUGCACUCUCGUGGUAGUGCCUUACGCUGGUAAUGAUUACUCCCAGGCCAGCUAGGUGAUCAUUGUUGCUCAUCGCUGCCUGCUAGACUGGAGAGAGAGGGGGAGUGGGAGGGAGGGGUGGAGAUAUCCUGGAGGUGGGAACUAUGGCUAAGGGUGCCGGCUGCCAACAUUUCAUAAUCCCCGGGUUUGCCGAUCCGCAUUGGAUGCGGCGGGGAAUGUAAGCCACGGUGCCUGAAUGGAAUAGUUCAACACCGGUGAUUUGUCGAUGAAUGGAAACGAUGAAGCGUGUAGGGGGCCGGUACCAAACCACGCUGUGAGUUGAUGCCGAAGAGAUGGUGACGGUACAACCUCAUUGACGCAAUAGCGUGGUUGUGGCCAUGCAAUCCAAACCAUGGACCAUAUAGUAAACUCGUAGAGACACGUAGAGAUACAUAGAAAUAAUAGACAGAUUGGCAACCACAGUCGUAAGAUUCGUGGCCAAGCAGCACAAGCGUGUAGAGUAACACCGCUGUGGUCUGCACUCCUUCAACGGAGGAGCAGCGACACGACACGAACUCCCUCUCUGCUGAAGCCCUCUCGUCGUGGCCAGCAGCAGCAGCAGCAGCAAACCUCGACAUUGGCAUCGAGCUCCUGAGCCACGUCUUGCCACCGCCGUCGUGUGCAACGAUACAGCCGAGCGCAGAGAACCCCGACCCUCGGCUGCUGUUCUCAACGUAAAUUCUUUUUUUUUUAUCUCGUUCGCUUGGCCAACGUCGCGACCGCCGUUCAGACAAACCAGACAACGCCGUCUCCUUUGUGAACAAUAAAACAAACGCCGUCGACGA